UCACUCCAGUACCCUUAUUUUCUUGCUUAUUAGCUCUCUCUCUUCAAUCUAUUCAAAAUUACUCCAACGCGCUGUCUCUCUCUCUCUAACGCGUUUCUCACGCUUUUAUAAGAGCGGGCGGACUUGUCUCUGCCCCUCUGUAGGGAAGCGGGCAGGGGACUCUCCGUACGUUAAACGGAGCGGAAAUACGUUCUCUUGGGUUUGGUUUCCUUUGCCCGCUCCCUGUUUCAAAUAUUAAACGUAAAAGUAAAAAACAAAAAUCCGUCCUGAUCAGGCUUCGCAUAAUUGAAUCCCUAGUUUGCCCUAAAAAUCGCUGUGUUUGGAUGGGAUUAGUCGAUGUUCAGAACGCUGGAUCAUCGCCUUCUUCUUCUGGUUCGUUUUCAUGGGGCUUUCAGAGCCUUAUAAGGAGAAAGCAAGUUGAUUCUGCUAAUAAUAAACCAGAGGGUACACAGUUAGCUAAGGAAUUGUCUAUUCUUCAGUUGAUUGCCCUAGGUGUUGGGUCAACAAUUGGAGCUGGAGUAUAUGUUCUUGUGGGGACAGUUGCUAGAGAACACACAGGACCAGCACUUACCAUAUCAUUCUUGAUAGCUGGAAUAGCAUCUGCCCUUUCUGCAUUUUGUUAUGCAGAGCUUGCUAGUCGAUGCCCAUCUGCUGGGAGUGCCUACCAUUAUUCGUACAUUUGUGUCGGAGAAGGUAUUGCUUGGAUAAUUGGUUGGGCUCUUAUAUUGGAGUAUACUAUUGGUGGCUCAUGUGUGGUUCGUGGCAUAUCUCCAAAUCUGGCCUUUUUUUUUGGAGGGGAGGACAGUUUGCCUGCUUUUUUGGCUCGUGUAAGCCUCCCUGGGACUGACAUCAUUCUUGACCCUUGUGCUGCUUUUCUUGUACUUGUCGUAACUGGGCUCCUAUGUGUGGGAAUCAAGGAGAGUUCAUUCGCACAAGCUGUGGUCACGACAGCAAAUGUUUGCAUCAUGGUUUUUGUGAUCAUUGCCGGUGGCUAUCUCGGUUUCCGUAAUGGAUGGGUGGGAUAUUCCCUUCCUAGCGGAUACUUCCCCUUCGGAUUUAAUGGGAUGCUUGCCGGAUCUGCAACUGUUUUCUUUUCAUAUAUAGGCUUUGAUACAGUUGCAAGUGCUGCUGAGGAGGUGAAGAAUCCUCAGCGUGAUUUGCCUUUGGGCAUAGGGCUUGCAUUGGCCAUAUGCUGUGUUUUGUAUAUGUUGGUAUCUGCUGUUAUUGUUGGUCUUGUACCAUAUUAUGCUAUGGACCCAGACACACCAAUAUCUUCUGCAUUUGCUAGUCAAGGGAUGCAAUGGGCAUCAUACAUUAUCACUGCUGGGGCAGUUACUGCUCUUUGUGCAAAUUUGAUGGGCUCGAUCCUUCCUCAGCCUCGUAUACUGAUGGCAAUGGCAAGAGAUGGAUUACUACCUCCAAUGUUCUCAGAUGUUAACAAGCACACACAAGUUCCUGUCAAGGGCACCAUAGUUACAGGGGUCCUUGCUGCUGCCUUGGCCAUGUGUAUGGAUGUCUCCCAGUUGGCAGGAAUGGUCAGCGUGGGAACGCUUCUUGCAUUCACUGUAGUUGCGAUUUCCAUCCUAAUUCUUAGGUAUGUCCCACCGGAUGAGGUACCGCUUCCACUGUCACUUCAGGACUCAAUAGACUCAGUUGCAUUUCGAUAUAAUAAGAAGGAAAUUGAUGGAAAUAAUCCUGAAGAUCCCCCACUUUGCACCUGUUGUGCUGUUGAUUCUGUUGAGCAUAAAGCUUUAGAAGACUGUCACCUGCAUCCUGGUGAUGCCCAAGCGUCACUUGGCUAUCCUCUUAUUAUGAAAGAAAAAGAUGAAGACAAAGUGAAUGACAAAAGAAGGAGAAAACUUGCUGCAGGCAGCAUAGCAUCUGUUUGCAUUGGAGUUCUACUGGCUGCUUCUACAGCUUCUGCUGAGUUCUUGCCUGACCUCAUCAGGAUAUCCGUGGGUGGGGUUGGAGCAAUGCUUUUGUUGGGUGGCUUGACUGUACUCUUGUGGAUUGACCAAGAUGAUGGACGGCACAGCUUCGGCCACUCAGGAGGUUUCAUGUGCCCAUUCGUCCCGCUUCUUCCAGUUUGCUCUAUCCUCAUUAAUGUGUACUUGUUGAUCAAUCUCAGCUUGGGCACAUGGGUUCGUGUAUCACUAUGGUUGAUAAUUGGAGUAUUCAUCUACUUAUUCUAUGGCAUGAGACAUAGCUCCUUGUCUGAUGCGGUUUAUGUACCCACCUCCCAGGCCGAUGAGAUUUACCGAAGCUCUUCUGAACAUUUGUCGUAGGAAAACUAGGCUCAAAUUCAACACACAAGUGAAGAAGAACUGGCCGCCUUAGAAAAUUUAUUUGUUGGAUGACUUUGAAAUGUACUUAUUUGCAUCCAUCCAUUUGAUGGUCUUUUUCUUGUUCUUCUAGUUGAUGGUGACGUUGUAUUAUGAUAAUGGAUAGGGUAGGGAAGCUCAGUCCUUAAUGUGCAUAUACAGUGGAAGGCUCUGAUUUAUGUAAAUAGUUUGUUGGAAUGAUGGGGGUAGCAUAUGAAAGUAUGUCCCCAGAUGGAAUAAACUAUUAGUAGUUUCUGGUUC